GUGCCAAUAGCGACGUGGUGCAAGGAUACGUGUAACCACCCAACCCCAUCCACGUAUAAGGUGAUAUCCUGCUCUUACUGGCACCUCAUACCUCACGAUAAGACUCUACCGUAUGUCUGGCGUGACGCAGCGAUCACUGCUGACUGUAGUUGCGACGGUAUCGCACUUAUGUACACUUGGUCUGGUGAUCGCGUCCACCCGGCGCGUGGCAGGAGCUCAUAAAGAUGAUGGCGCGUCGGUUUCUUCUUUCUUUUUGAGCCGCGGCUGUCUUACUUACUGCGCGUUACAGAGAGGUGACCAUGACGAAGAUGGCGUCUAUCUGUGGCGUUUGUUCGAGUGGUGUAAAUACUGAUGUGAGACAAGCCAAUGAGACAAGGCGCCGAGACAAGUGGUGCUCACCGGCGUGUUUGUGCCCACUUGGGCAUUUUGACUGCAACUUCUAGAAACGACUGAGCACGAAUUGGUCCGAGUUGGCCUCGGAUCGGCCCAUCCGGGCAGGUGGUUUACAAGCACUUCAAAUCCAACUUGCUCGAGGCCAAU